AUGUCUCAUGUAGACCAGUUGGUUCUUGCAGUCAGGUAUGUUUUAAAUGACGGUGUACCCUGUGAACGAUUUCUUACCUUCAUCCCGUCAGUUGGACAUACCGCAGAGGGUAUGUUUAAAAGUGUGAUGAGAGAACUAGGAAAUCUGGAAAUAAACAUUGAUGACUGCCGAGGCCAAUCGUACGAUAAUGCCUCAAAUAUGUCGGGGACUUACAAUGGUCUUCAGGCAAAGAUAAAGAGCAAAAGUCCUUUAGCUCUAUUCAUCCCGUGUGCGGCUCAUUCUUUAAAUCUGGUCGGAUCAUCUGCUGCUGAAUCUUGUGAAGAAGCGUGCAGAUUCUUCAUGUUGCUUCAAGAACUUUAUGUGUUUUUUACAUCUUCUACAAAACGAUGGGAGUGCCUGAUAGGUGUAAUGGAAGAUUCUUAUCAGAAUAAUAAGACUAUAAAAAGGGUGUGUCCUACACGAUGGUCGGCUAGGGAUGAUGCAUGUCAGAGCUUGCGAGAGUCUUGGGACGAAGUGUACAAGGCUUUGACAACAAUUUCAAAAGACCCAACAGAAAAGGCUACAACCAGAUGUGAGGCUCAAGGAAUCGCUCGGAAUCUAGAACGUUUUGAGACUGCAUUUAUGGUAUGCUUCUGGAGCACUGCCCUCCAUAGAAUUCACAAAGUCAGUAAAACUAUACAAAGUGGAACCGUUGACGUUUUGUUAGUCAGGGAUUUGUAUGGUUCUCUAGAGGAAUAUUUUGUGUCAGAAAGAAACAACUUUUCUUAUUUCGAGGAAUUGGGUAUGAAGAUAACCAAAACUGAAACAUACGAUUCAUACGAAAAAGACACAAGCAGACAAACCAAGCGAAAAGUCUGGCCAGACGAAACCCGGAGUGAAGAAGUCAACCUGACUGGCAGAGAUGACUUGAGAAUUAACACAUUUCUUCCAAUUCUAGACUCCUUUAUUUGUGAAUUUAAGAGAAGAAAAGUGGCCUAUAGUGACUUUGUAGAUAAAUUCUACUUCCUGACUCAAUUGUGUGACAGCAAAACAGACAUCAACAUCACAGAAGAGGAACUAAGAAACAAGGCAACGAAACUUCAUCAAAUUUAUCAAAAUGACUUAGAUUCCGAUUUUAUUGAAGAGUGCAUUCACUUCCAAAAACACUGUGCGGUGGGAAUGGACAAUCCCUCAGAUAAAACGUUGGAAGGAAUUUCUACCUUUUUGAGAAAGAACUCGUUGCAUGAUGUUUACCCUAACUUGGACAUAGCAGUACGAAUUAGUUUGUGCAUACCUGCAACUAAUUGCGCGGGAGAACGUAGCUUUUCCUGCCUUCGAAGAGUUAAAAACUACUUACGGACAAGCAUUUCUGAAAACAGGCUCAAUUCACUUUCCCUCCUAUGUAUAGAAGCAAAUUUAACAAAGAAGCUCUCUUAUGAAGAUUUAAUUAAAGAGUUCUCAAUUAAAAAGGCUCGUAAGAAAGCUCUGUAA